AUACCUCAUUACUUGGGAAGGAUGUCGUCUUCGAAUCUUUUAAUUCUAACCCAACCUCUGUUGAAAUGUAACACUGCGAUGCAAUUGUGUCCGGCCUUAUUUGUAGAAAUAACCGUUUUAAGUGAUAGGGCAGACUUGUCAAUAGCAGUAAGUUGCUCUCUGAACUAUCUACUAUCUUGUGUCAAAAUCCACUUGGUCAUCUUUGCAGUUGGUGGCACUCCUCUCGGGCUGUAUAAGAUUGGCGGAUCAAACCUCCCUGUGGUGGUAAUAGUCCUUCUCAUCUCAACCGGUUUGGCCAUUACAAUUUUCGUGACAUCAAGGUGGGACCGAGCACCGUUGCCAUACCACCGGCCCUUCUUCUCCACCUUGGGAUUCCUCACCUCAAUUGUGUGGAUCUACGCCAUCGCCCACGAACUGGUCAACUCAUUGGAAGCCCUCGGAAUUGUUUGGGGAAUUAGUGAAGCCAUCCUGGGUAUCACCGUCAUGGCAUUUGCUAGUUCCAUAAGUGACCUGAUGUCCAAUUCCUUACUGGCUCACAACGGAUAUCCUCGAAUCGCCUAUGCUGCCUGCAUCGGCUCACCGCUGUUUAACCUCCUCAUCGGCGCUGGCGCCUCCUACACAAUCAAACUGGCUCGAUCUGGUGACCACAAUAUGUCGUUUACUCUGACCCACGCACUGCUCUUCUCCUUCCUAAUGGGCGUCUUGACAACUAACCUAAUCGUGGCGUUUUGUACUGGCUUCAAAAUGCGGCGAGCCUACGGCGUAACUCUCCUCGUCGCCUACACCGUCUUCAUGGUGCUUGCUAUCCUGGUGGAGGCCGACAUCAUCGAACCACCACCGCAGUGGCAUCUGCUUAAGGGCACUGAAUAA